UUUCCCAGCGGUGGUGAUGGUGAAUGAGCUGAGGCUGACUGACUGAGUGAAUGACUAAUGGAAGGCUUGCGGUGUUGAGAUUUCAGAUUAGACCUAGUAGUUUUGUUGUAUGUUGUUAGAAAUAGGAAGUAUAAAUUUAAAGUGGUUGGUUAUCGAUGAUGUGGUUGUUGACGUUCUUACUGUGUAAAGUUAAAACUUUAUAGUGCUCAAAUUAUCGAACUAUUUAAUUUACAAAAUAAAAUGGAUGUAUUUGGAAUUGUUUUGAGACAAUGAUUUGAUUUCCAAUGGCAUUAGUAAGUGAAGACGAUUUUGGGCCCAAAAAGCACAAAAAACACAAAAGGGAGAGGAACGAAGACAAACCUGGUCUUCGUUUGAUUCUGAAAGUCGGCAGCUCUUCCACACCAGAACAUAGUAACGACUCGCAUGGUCCUGGUUUUGGUGGGGACGAAGAGUCAAUGCAGUCAGUAGGAUCCUUGCAUCCAGGAAGGCCGGAGGACAGACUUCACAAGAAAGCUAAGAAGAAGAAAAAGAAGAAGGAAAAGGAUAAAGACAAGGAUAGAGACAAACAUGACAAAAAGAAAAAACACCAUCAUAAGGAGAAACGGAAGAGGCUGCGAGACGAGUCCAGUCAGGAUGAUGUGAGUGUGGGUGAAGAGUCACUUCAGGAGCCGCCCCCAUCUAAGAGAGCUGCCGUCGACAAAACACCAGAUGUCGGGGACACUCCUAUGUUGGGCAGCCCUGGCAGUAACCGCGAGCCGCGUCUGUGCGUGCAGUUGCUGAGACAGCGGCAGGAGCUGAUGUCUGCUAAGAGUCCUCUCCAGAAGCUCCUGGAUAACCUCCAGCAGAGCCUGGAGAAGAAAGACCCUCAGCAGUUUUUUGCUUGGCCUGUCACAGACCAGAUCGCGCCCGGAUACUCUCAGAUCAUCCACCAGCCGAUGGACUUUAGCACUAUGCACCAGAAGAUAGAGGAUAACAGCUACGGUACACUCAAGGACUAUGUGGAUGAUUUCAAGCAGAUGUGUGGGAAUGCGAUGAUCUACAACCACCCAGAGACAAUCUACUAUAAGGCAGCCAAGCGUCUGUUACAUGCGGGGCUCAAGCUGGUGUGUGAGGAGAAGUUACGUGCUCUGGCCGUUACGUCACCGUGGAUACUACAGAUACCAGCUCAUCAACUGGGCGUGGAGUUGGGCACAGGUGGCAUACGUGGCGACAGCGAAAGAGAAGAGGAAGAGGAAACGCCAGCGCCGGCGCAACCGGCUCGUCGUGGACCUAACUAUCUCCCUGAGAGCAAGUUCGAAGCCAUUCCCGACGAUCUGACCGCAGAAGAGGUGCUGGAGCAAACCCGCAAAGCUGCCCAGAAAGUGAGGCAGAGGCUGGAUCUCAAGAAAGUCAACACGAAGAUGGGAUUCCUGCGUACGCAGAAGGACGGAACAACGUCGCUGGCGAUCCUGGUGCCGGGCGAGGGGCUGGACCCAGAGAGCAACGAGCGGCCGGUGUGUCUAGGUCAGCUGAUUGGCAAGAUACCGCACGGUUCGGGUGCACUGCAGGGCUUCCGCGAGGACCGUCGGAACAUCACUAAGACUGUGAAGCCUCUGUAUUACGGUGCAUUCGGCUCAUAUGCACCAUCAUACGACUCCACUUUUGCCAACCUGUCAAAGGAAGAAUCAGAUCUGGUGUACCAAACAUAUGGAGACGAGUCCGCUGCACAGUAUGCUGAAAGUAUCCUGAACUUCGCCAAAGAUUGCGAUUACACGUUGACGAUGGUAGACAAUCUGCUGGAUCUGCUGACGGGAGGUGAUCAUCGCAAGACUAAGCGGGUGUUGGAGGAGCGUCGUAAGUUCCGGGAGGAAGAGGAGAGAGUGAGGCAGCUCAUGACACCUGCACCACCCCCCACCACUCAGUCCACACCUGCUGCAGCCCUCAGUGACGUCAGGGUGGAUGUGACGCAGCUCAAGACACUGGCAGACCUCGGCAUCGAGACUAGUUUCCUAGAUUACUUUGAGAAAGGUAGCAAGGAGGAGACGGCCAUGCAGGAACGGCUGGACCAGACAACCGCUCUGCUAGAGAAGCUGCAGCAAGUGCAGAACGACCGACUCAGCGCGCCUCCACCUCAGCACCUCGGCAACAUCAUGCAACCCUCGGACACUGAACUCAACCUUGCUGAGAAAAUUACGGAGAGCCUGACGCAGCUAGCCAAACAGGUUCCUCCAGGUGCUGUGGUAUCCAUCCCGGCCAUCAGGAAGGCCAUGGGUAUCGCCCCGGACACGGCCAGUGUGGGGACGGCAACUGACCCGCCUCCUGCCCCGCCCCAGUCCGCCACCCGUAGCCCUGACCCGCCAUCUCCAUCGCUGCCCGCCACUGUGGACAAGUCCACAUCAGAAGACAGCAGUGGAGGGGAGGAGGAGGGGGUGGGAGUGGACUUGGAGUCGGAGCUGAGGGAGUUUCUGGAGAGUGAUACAGCCUUGACCAACUUUCCCCUUCACGACGACAAGACCAUCGAAGAAAUGCUCUCAGAGUCUUAAAAACUUAUUUAUAAAUAAUUCAGAAAUCUACAUCUGCAAGGAUGUAGUAGUUUUUUUAAUUUUUAAUAUGUUCACUACGUUUAUAGACAUUUAAGAGCUGACUGAAAGGAAUAAAGGUAAUCAAUUGUUCUAGAUAAUGUAAAGGUAAUACUUUUGUAUGUCUUCUAAUAAGAUAUCCUCAAUGUACAAGAUUUUUAGAGAGUUUAACGAGACAUAGACCUUUGAAUUGUUUUAUCACUUUCACUGCCGCCUCCUAAUUUUGACAACUUUCUUACACUACCUGUUAUAAUAAUUUUUAAUUAAAUAUUUAUUUUUUAACCAAUUAUAAAAAAACCAUGGGACUUACACUUUUUUUUUAAGCUGAGUUCUUCCUUUUUCUAGUCAAAUGCUCAUGCAUACAUAUUUUCAAACGAAAAGUUUUAAAAUUUAAAAACAAUGUUUUUUGUACAAAAUAAAAAGUUGACCAAAAAACAUCGCUAUGUACUAGUCUAUAAUAUAAAAUAUAUUUCUCAUUAUUAUUUGUUGUAUUCAGUAUUUUCAUUACUGUCACUAUAGCUACAAAUAUUUACAAUUGAAAUCCACUUAUGUUUAAAAAUUUUUUUUGGUCUGGGGGCCUAACCCAUUUGUUAUUAUCAUUACAUCAUUACAAUCUUCAUCAGGAGCGGAAAAUAAACAAUAAACCAAUUUUUUAUAAAACACUACUAUUAUGCUGAUAUUUGUUUUUUGAGUAAAAUCAAUGUCAACAAGUCCAUCAAUAGUAAAAUCUGGAUCAUUAUCUGUGUAGUCUUGGAAUAAAUCAUCACUUUCACUGUCACUUGAAACUCUGAGUAACUCUUCUAGCACUUGGUUGUCUUCAAUACUGUCACGAUUCAUUGUAUUUACUCACAAAACAAUCGUUGUAAACUAUAAUAAUAGCAAGCAAAACAAUAACUAUGUACACAACAAAUUAGCAAAAUGACAAAAAACGGCCAUCAUGACAGUUGUAAACAAACUCCUUUUUCCAAUAUUCCAGAUGACUGCAAACAAAAUUUCAUAUAUCAUAAUCCAUAGAAUAAGAAAAAAGACAUGAAAAUAGCGAAUGACUAUCAAUGCCAUAGUCUAAAUACGUUAAAAUGCAUUUUUAUUACUGUAAAAGUCUGUACCAUCAAAAGACGUCGGCAGUCUAUGGAAUUCCAUGUGCGACGUCAAAUGACGUUGUCUGCAGUGAAAAUGUUAUAAAAUUAAAGAUGUCUAAAGUUUAUUUUAAAUGUUCUCCAUUGACCAAUAAUUGUGCAAGUAGACGAUUAAGAAAUCAACUAAUCUGUAGAAUUAUAUUUUUUAUAGAUGUCAUUUUAUAGCUUGGAAAGAAUUAAAAAAAUUCUGAUUCAACUGAAAAACAGUGUUAUUAGUAAAAGUGUGUAAAUGAAUCUGGUAUAUUAUAGUUAAAAAUUCUAGUAUUUGUCAAAACUAUUGUCAAAUAUUAAAUUAAUUAUGAGUAUGAAGCUUACUCUUGCUGACAACCAUUUUAUUCAGAACAACGUUCUAUACAUUUCUGAGCUGAUAGCACUCAAAUAUCAUAAAAUACUUACAAAAGUUAUUUAUUUAUAUCAUUGUCAAUAUUAUGAUUUCCAGUGACUGUAAGCUUAAGUACUGUAAUACUUAGAAAUGUUCCAUAUAUUGGAUAUGAAAAGACUUUGGAAACAGAUAAUCUCCUACUUGAUAGAUCUACAAAAUCGAACUCUGCAGAUUAGUGAAGGACUUUAGGAACUGCUAAUUUAUGCCUUCAAUGUCCCUUCACCUUCCUAAAUAAGGGAGCAGAUAAUAACUUUAAACUCUAGAAUUCCAAAUUUUUUAAUAAGUAUUUUCAUAACUAUCAUCUCUUAGUACAUGGUUUAUUGUUUGGUAACCAAUGUUGGCAAAUGGCCAUUUCAUUUUCAGAAAUCUUUUACAUUUAUUUUUCCACAUCAAUUUUUAUCUUAUGAAGACCUUAAAAACUUGGAAACUUGAUCUAUCCAUUAGUUUUUGUCUUCAAUGGUUGGGAUAGUUUCUUAUUUUAUAUAUUAUGCUACAAAGUAUAAUACUGUUUCCAAACUUUUUUAAUACCCUGUAUUUUUAAGAUGAUGGGAUACACUGUGAAAAAACCUACCACGAAGAAACAAAGUCAGUUGAUUUUUAAAUUAGUAGUAACUUUUCUGUCAAAAAAAAUUUAGUUUACAAAUUAUUGUUACAAAUUCGUUUGUGUUUUAUAUCUAUGUUUUAAACAUUUCCGUCAGUAAUACACUAUUUGAUAUAAAAAGCUGACUGCAUACUUUUUUGUGUAUGUAUAGGGCCAUUGUGUUUUUCUUUGUCUUUAUUUGUGUAUAUAUGAUUUAUGUACAUAUUUUUACCUAAUAUAAGUGUAUUUUUAUAAGUUUAAAUCAUGAUUUAAUUUUGUUUUUUAAAACUGUGUUUAUGUCUAAUAAAUUGUCUGAAGUAUA